GUUUGUCAAAAAAAGUGUGAAGUAAAACACCGCGUUGAAAAAAGGAAAAUGAAAGUGAAUUUAUGAAGAGUGCAUGUCAGUGACCGUUCUAAUAUGCUUGCCAACGGUUGGAAAGUGUUUUUACUCAUAGCCGCGUCGUAUGCAGUCGGCGAACCAAGCCGCGCUCUUACCCUAUACCAAAAACCCAGAACAUAUCCCAUGUUUAUCCCAAAAACCCGUAGAAAAUACUCACGCAUCCUCUUCCUUGACGACGAAGAAAAAAACACGCCAAUAGGUCUAGGUGAGAUUGAUUUAACGCAAAAAUUCGACUCAAAGAUCAAGUUUGAUGAUUCAACGGAUUACGAAUUCACUUCGCCGGAUACGGAUUUGAAAAUUGAUGGUAAUGAAAGGUUUUACGAGUUGCAAAGGCUGCGGCCGAGUUUCCCAAAGUUUUACCAAGGCAGGUUCAGUCGUCCGUACGCGCCGAGUUUCGGUUUUGACCCGUACCAAGCGUACGCUCCGCCGCGGACGGGUUUUUACGGACCGAACGUUUUGAAUAACGGUUGGAAGGCGCGGAGUCCUCGUGUAGUGUUUCCGUAUACUCCGGAAAGUGGUUCGAAUUCCGUAAACGCGGUGAGCCCGGCAAGUUCCGUAAACCCCGUAAACCCCGUAAAUUCCGUACAAACGAACUCGCACGGUGGUCCGAACUUCAAUGACAAUGUUGUGUUUCGUGAACCAAGUUCCGGAAAUGAGAUCGGAGCGGAGGAACAGACUCUACAGGAUAUUUCUUCCGGAACUGACGCUUUUUCGGAAAGAGAUGCCACCGACACACAUCGAGCUCGAAACGAAAUCAAACGAAACGGACUCAUAUAUAAGAGAUACCAACAUUACAGAUUAAGAAAACCUAUGUUCAUCCAAACAGAGGUUUAUAUAAAAAGAAAUGCAUACGAGUAUCCGAACGCGACUCACGAAUCAGUGCUGCCAGCAUUCAAACCGAUCUCGGAUGCACAGAUUAAAAAAAUCAAUGAAAUAAUCAAAGAGUUAAGUACAAAUAGACUGAAUAGUACAAAUGGGAAGAGAAAAGGAAGAGUCAUAGAUACAGUACAAAGUAUAGAAACGCCUAAGAUUGAGCCUACAAAAAUAUACGAGUAUGAUAAGAAAGAUGUAGAUAAUAAUUGUUCCCAAGGGGGGACGUGUGAGUUUUUUAUCUAUUGCUGGAUGGUUGGCGGUCUUCUAGAAGGUUCUUGUGGAAGCUUACUCAAAAGCUGCUGCCAUAGAGUAGCGAAAGCCGGUUUACUUGGUGUCCAAGACUCCAAUAGUAUCGAAUUUUCACCGAACGAAGGCAUUAGCUAUGGCCCCGUUAUAAACGAUGAAAGUUGCGGCGUGGCCGUGGGCAAGCAGACCGCCCAGCGCAGAAUAGUGGGUGGAGACGACGCAGGCUUCGGCACCUUUCCCUGGCAAGCCUACAUCAGGAUCGGCUCCUCCAGAUGUGGAGGAUCUUUGAUAUCACGUCGUCACGUGGUCACGGCGGGUCACUGCGUCGCACGCGCACAGCCUCGCCACGUGCGCGUUACGCUGGGCGACUACGUCAUCAACUCGGCCGCUGAGCCUCUACCGGCUUACACCUUCGGCGUUAGGAAUAUCAAAGUGCAUCCUCUGUUCAAAUUCACGCCUCAAGCUGACCGCUUCGACGUGGCCGUGCUCACGCUCGACAGAAACGUCCACUACAUGCCGCAUAUAGCACCAAUCUGCCUACCAGAGCGAGGAUCUGACUAUCUGGGGCAGUACGGCUGGGCGGCCGGCUGGGGAGCCCUCAGCCCCGGCUCAAGGCUUCGCCCGCGGACUCUGCAGGCCGUCGACGUGCCAGUGCUCGACAACCGAGUGUGCGAGCGCUGGCACAGAGCUAAUGGCAUAAAUGUAGUGAUAUACCCCGAGAUGCUCUGCGCUGGGUACCGAGGCGGAGGCAAAGACAGCUGUCAAGGUGACAGCGGAGGACCUCUCAUGCUGGAGCGUGCGGGGCGCUGGUACCUCAUAGGAGUGGUGUCCGCCGGGUACUCCUGCGCAAGCCGAGGCCAACCGGGGAUAUAUCAUAGAGUGGCGCACACGGUGGAUUGGAUAUCACACGCUACCACACUCUCGUAGCACUAAAUUUCCCUAA